AUGUGGUUCACACAGGUAGCAGCCUCACUCGCCCUCCUCGCAACAAGCGCCCUCUCAGCCCAAAGCAUCUGCCCCUACAACUAUCCCGUACACGUCAACACAACAGAAAGCAACAACGGACUAAUCUUCACCAUCGCCUCGACAACAGCAAGCACCAACAACCGCGCAAUCCAACUGCGUCCGAACCCGUAUCUCGAAGGGGGCUUCUUCGCAGGUCUAGACCCGUCCUCCCCAGUCCUGCUCUCCAACUUCGCCAACUCAUCAGUCAAGUCCCAAGGCCGCGACAUCUACAACCAGCUCUACGACACGGGCGCAACGGGGUACCUCAACCAGCGCGACGAAGUCAACGGCACACACCGGUACACGGUGGGCUUCGCCAACGCGUCGACCUGGCCUGGAGAGGUGGAGAGCGAGUGGUAUCUCUCCGGCGGCAGCCCCGACGGCACGUAUGAUCUGUACCACGAGGAGCCGCUGAAUAUCGUGCACGGCUUCAUACUGUGCGAGGCCGAUCACGACCUCGGACCCGGGCCCUGGAAACAGCUUUUCUAUUACACGUACGAUACGACGCCCGUCGAGUUCCCUGAGUGCGAAUUCGUGGGCAUUAGGACUACUGUUGCGCCGACGAUAUACAAUGGGGAUUGCGAUAUUGGCGGGUUCGUGGCGGUGUGA